AUGGUACAGAUCAAGUUUCCGCAGUUCUACACCACGCCUAUGGUGCAGGUGGUCUUGGUUGGCAUAACAUGUUUUGCGACAGUGGGCAUGUUCAGUGCUGUCUCCAACUUGGGAGCUGGAGGGACCCAGGAUGUUACACUGAGUGACACUGCGAACGGCGUGCUCUAUGGCAUGUUCGCUGUCACAGGACUGAUUAGCGGCGGAAUUAACAACUUGCUUGGUCCCCGACUGACCCUUUUUUUCGGGACUCUCGGAUACGCACUUUAUGUUGGGGCGCUGUGGUGCCACCAGACGCAGGGGACAGCCUGGUUCCUCAUCUUCGCUGGCGCACUGUUGGGUAUAUCUGCAGCUCUGUUGUGGUCGGCCCAGGGCUCCAUCAUGAUGAGUUAUCCGCUCGAGAAAGAUAAGGGAAAAGCAUUUGGGAUCUUCUGGGCGAUCUUCCAGUUUGGUUCUUUCAUUGGCGCAGUCAUUGCAUUAGCCAUCAACAUCCGUAGCGGAAAACUUAGCGCUGUAUCGACUUCGACUUAUAUAGCGUUCCUUGUUAUCAUCUUCGUCGGUAUUGCUUCGGCGUUCCUCGUGCUGCCGCCAAACCAAGUCGUUCGUGGCGACGGAACGAUUGUUAAACUCGAGGCUGCGUCUGCUCCUCACGAGGAACUUAUUGCAAUGUACCGCUUGUGUAAGGACUGGCGCGUCAUCGCCCUUUCACCCAUGUUUUUCGCGUCCAACUACUUUUAUGCCUAUCAGGGAGCUGUAAACGCCGGGAAGUUCGAUGGCCCCACGCGUGCUCUGAAUGCGACGCUCGAAGGCGCAGGUGCGAUCAUUGGUGCGCUCAUGAUCGGCUACCUUGUGCUUGACGUGAAGUGGUUGCAUCGCCGCACCCGCGGUUAUCUUGGGCUCGCUGUCACUGCUGUGAUUACUAUCAUCGUUUGGGCUGUGGCGCUCUCAUGGCAGGUCACGUUCAAGCGUGAGCCAGCCGCUUCGAUUGUCCUGAUCAACUACAAGCACGCGAACUACAGAGGGAAAGGCGCCCUCUACUUCUUCUACUAUUUCGGCGAUGCGUGCUAUCAGGCCCUGGCUUACUGGAUUAUGAGUGCGCUCACGAACGAUCCGUUCAAGCUUGCGCGCUUUGCCGGUAUAUACAAGGCCUUGCAGAGUGCCGGAGCAGCUGGCAGCUUUGGUAUGGACGCAGUCGCGACGCCAUACCUGAACGAACUUCUUGCCAGUUGGAUCUUGAUGCUGGUCUCUUUCCCUCUGGCGUAUUUAGUUAUCCGCGACAUCAAGGAGACCAACUACAAUGACGAGGAGAUGGUGUACGUCGACGAUAUCAAGAACGAGAAGAUGGAGCAAGGUGCUGAGACAGCCGAAGCCGGGUCGAUCGAGAAGGGUAGCAUAAAGGGUGCGGAGGAAGCUAUCACUGUGCCUGCGUGA